GGGCCCAGGCCUAUUGGCGCGCCGCCCAUGUCAAGUGGGGCAUCGAGGCGCGGCGCCCUCUGGCGCCCACCGCGCAGCCGGCGCGCAGCCGGCGCGAGGGCGGCACCCGCGCAAGCGCGCGCGCGCGGGCCGAUCGACCCUGCUCGCGCGCAGUUUGGCCG